ACAAUCCAGCAGUGUUAUAAAUUUCAUGAAAUGCAUCAAAUACUGUACUGCACAUUUAAAUAUGUGCUUCACGUUUCGAACUUGGCCGUGCAAGGGAGUCUUCCAUCCUCAAGGGGGAGUGGUUGAGUUGAGCCUACGCCAUAUUUCUGCAAGGAGAUGGCUUAGAAACAGCAAAUGCUCCGAGAUGAAGGUCCAGGUCGUGUGGUGUGUGGCUGUUUCUCUCUUGGCUGCAGGGCUUUCAGGCAAAGAGAUCCAGCAGGUGCCAAGCUUGAUGGUGAAGAAGGGCGGAACAGCCCAGCUGGAAUGCAGCCAAACUUAUGGACACGAUAACAUGUAUUGGUACAAGCAACAGCCCCAGGGGAAGGGCCUUCAGCUUCUCUAUUACUCCAUUGAACAUGCUCCGGAGACCAACGAAAUCAAGUCGGACAGAUUGACGGCUCGUCGGUUGGACAAUAAAGUAUUUUGCUUGAACAUCUCCUCGGUCGAAGCAAGCGAUACAGGCGUGUAUUUCUGUGCUAGCAGCAGAUACACAGUAGUCGGGAGCUCUUCCUGCAGUGUGAGUGGAGUCAGUGUGACGGAACCACAGAAGGAAGCGGAGAGUAAAACUUGCCAAAAGUCUAGUGGCUGCAUUAGAGAAGAAAUGUGGAUUGGCUGGUGCCUUCUGAGCGUUUGGCUUUUGGAAAUAGGAAGCUCAAAUGCUCGCAUCGACCAAACACAGGGUUUAGUGCUGAGAGAAGGCGACACUGCGCAGCUGGAAUGCAAUCAAACGGAGUCGCACAACUAUUUGUUCUGGUACCGGCAGGAUGCAAAUCGAGGGCUGCAGUUUCUCUAUUUUUUCCAGUAUCGAGAGCUUCUGGAGAACAGCAGCAGUCUUCCUCAACGGUUCGCAGCCGAGCAGCCUGAGACUCAGCGCCUUAAGCUGAAGAUUUCCUCUGUGAAACAAGACGAUUCGGCCGUCUACUUCUGUGCAACCAGUGUUGACACAGCGGUUCAAAGUAAUGCUUUCCACCUACAAAAACAUUGCAUAUGUAUGAGUGUCUGAGGGUGGAACAAGACAGACACGAUCCUGUGUGUUUUUCUCAUAACACUCAUGCUGGGAAUUUGGGCAGUAUUUGAAUAGACAAAUCAGUGGAUGAGAGAGGAACUGCUUAACUUCUGCCCUGUCUGCAGAAACCCAGCUGGAUGG